AUGGGGCCAUAUGGGGUGGCCAUGUGGGUUCUGCCCCACAUCACGACCCCAACAUCCCCCAACCCCCCCCCAGACUUCCAGAAUUACCUCCGCACGCAGACGGGCAACACCACCACCAUCAACAUCAUCAUCUGCACCGUGGAUUACCUGCUGCGCCUGCAGGAGUCCAUCAGCGAUUUCUACUGGUAUUACUCGGGGAAGGACGUCAUCGACGAGCAGGGGAAGCGCAACUUCUCCAAGGCCAUGGCUGUGGCCAAGCAGGUCUUCAACAGCCUCACCGAGUACAUCCAGGGUCCGUGCACGGGGAACCAGCAGAGCCUGGCUCACAGCCGCCUGUGGGACGCCGUGGUCGGAUUCCUGCACGUCUUCGCCCACAUGAUGAAGAAGUUGGCACAG